UCUAUUCAUUUUUUGACAACAACCAAAAAACUCUCUUCGUCAACGACAAAAGCGUUCACUCUUCGUUCACGUCGGGGAAUUUAAAAAAUCUCCUUCGUAACAAAAAGAGAAAGAUCAAGAAGAUUGUCGUGAUGGCUGCCGGAUCCAUGGACGGAAUAUUCCGCAACAUUUUCGAAGGUUGCAUCUCUAGCUGCGACUCUUCCAUCCAACGACGUCCAUACCACAAGAACUGCGGUUGCGCGCUUCACGAGAGAUCUCGCGGUGGAGGUUCAGCGACCCCUUGUCGUCAUGGAAGGUCUGAGGUCAUUAUGCUCCCAAUCCAACGGUCUUGGAGUGAAGGAAACAGUUUGGCUCUGCAUCUUGCCUCAUCUUCUUCUUCCUCUAACCUCCAGUCAAUUUCGUCGUCUUCGUCUAUUUCUACCCUCGCAUCGUUAUCUUCGACCGUGUCUGAUAUUGAUUCUCCCAUUUAAGGCAAAAACUAUUAGUUCCCAUUCAUUUAAUUGUGUCUUUUAUUUGUUUUUUUUUGAAGAGAGUCAAAUUAUGUUUGAGUGUGAUUGGAAAGGUUUUCAUGGAUUUCCUUGGAUAUCAAAGGAAUCUAAUUCAAAUGUUGUAAUAUAAUAAUGGCCAAUUAUAGAGAGCCUUUUCACUAAAAUUUGUACAGAAUCAUGUUUUUGGGUGUAAUUAGUCUCUUUUUUCUUUGUAUACAUGAAUGUAAACUUAUAUUCAUCAAAUAUAAUGAAUGCAACAUUAAGAUCUGAGAUUUUGAA